UAUGUCUAAUUUUGAAAAAGAAGAUGUUUUUAAUAAUCAAUUGAAAGCAGAAGUAACUAAAGUAGCUCAAGGAAUACUUGAUCAAGAAAUAAAAAAAUAUAUUUACAAUAAUGUUGAUGAAUCUUAGAAAAAAAGUAGUACAAUAUGUGACACAAUCUUAAUAAAAUUGAAAGACUUAAAUAAUAAACACUUUAAAUUCAUUGUUAGUUGUCUUAUACUUUAAAAAGCUGAUUGUGGAAUCAAUCUCUCAGCCUCUUGUUAUUGGGAUAAUAAUACCGAUGGAUCUGUUGCAUUAAAACAAGAGAGUGAUGAUGCUGUUUGUAUAGUGAAUAUAUUUGCUUGUGGAGUUUGA